AUGAAGACACCGUUGAGCCGGAACAAUGACUUGGAAGCCGGCAGUACUCCGCUACUCUACCCUUCGAUGACUGAAAAUCCCGAGCGCCGAUGGGCCUUCAUCCGAAAAGUGUAUGCCAUUCUCGCCUUUCAGCUACUCCUCACCAUCCCCGUUGCCGCCACCGCCUUCUUGAACCCUGGCAUCGCCGUAUUCCUCGUCGAAACUUGGCUCGGAUGGUUUCUCAAACACACAAUCAUCAUCACCUCCGUUUCUGGGAAGGUGGUUCUGGAGGCUGCAAUUCUAACCGUUGCUAUUUUUCUAAGCCUGACCUUGUAUACCUUUUGGGCCGCAAGGAGAGGCCAUGACUUCAACUUCUUGGGUCCUUUCUUGUUUGCAUCCCUGCUGACUCUGGUUGUCUUUGGAGUGAUACAGAUUUUCCUCCCUCUUGGUAAAAUUAGUCAUAUGAUAUAUGGAAUUGUGGGAAUACUAGUAUUCUGUGGCUACAUUGUCUAUGACACAGAUGAACUGAUCAAGCGCUAUCAGUAUGAUGAGUACAUUCUUGCGGCCAUUGACUUGUAUUUGGACCUCCUUAACUUAUUUCUCAAGAUACUCGAGGUGAUGAAAGACGCGGAGAGCUCAGACGAUGCUUAA